GUGUGUGUGUGUGUGUGUGUGUGCGCGCGCGUGUGUGUCUGUGUGUAAACUAGUUAGCCAAAUGCUAGCAUACUAUGGGUGCUAUAUGAUUUUGAACAUAGCUACUGACAACCUUUCAUGAGUCAUACGCAAAGCUACGGCAGGAAGAAACACAUUUCGCUCCACAUCAUACAAAAAUGAAGGAAGAGAUCCGCUGCCGGUGGACCUGUGGACAGCUUUUACACCAGAGAGGUUGAGACACUUCGGCCAGCAACACAGACAACCAUGAGAAGUUAGCGAAUGGCUACGUUAGUCAAGCGAUAACUUUACUACAGCUCUGCUCAUGGACCACCAGCUGCCCGAGCUAGCCUUCUGACAUGGAAAAGAUACAUCAGAGAUUUUUGGAUGUACUGACAGAAGGCGGAAGGAAGAUGAACUACAACCAGCAAAAAUGCUAGUAAGCCAUGCUAGUAGGCUAGCUCUAAGAGGCUGUUAAUGUUGGGAACAUUUUAUUUUUAAACAGUGAAAUGAGUGGGACUUUCACUAACGUGUGAGCACUGGGCAACUGUUAGUGGCCUUUGAUUUGGAUAAUAUCGGGGAGUGGUGGAGUCUGGGGGGCUUGGGAUGUGCUUGGUUCUAGGUUCAUGAUUCUAUAUGCAUUCAUUGGAUUGCCAAUGUUCCAAAAAGUCCCUUUCCUGAAUACCUGCCCAGGAUAAGGACACGGAUCUACAACAGUGGUUAAGCGAAUGAGGGGAUUCCAGCACAACAACAUGCACAGACUCCAAAACCAAUUUAAGAAACACAGGAGACAAGCCUGAGACAACAGUUCUUGAUGAACCCAUCUUUGCUCAGCUGCCAUCCCCAAUGGAACUACUGCUGUAGACGGACGGCUCUGUGGCUGCCACUGCUGCACGGUAUCCUGAGCUCCUGCUUCAAAGGGAGCCCUGCUGUUCCAACCUGGACGUGGACAUGGGUUCUCAGGCUCUUCAGAUACUACGGCAAGGGGUUUGGGCCUCCCUGACGGGGGGCUGGUAUGUGGACCCACACCAGAGCACGUUCUCCAACUGUUUCCACCUCUACCUCUGGAUAUUCCUACUGGCCUUCCCCUUCCUGUUGUACAUGGCUCUCCCUCCUAGCCUGUUGGUCGCCGGCAUUUACUGUGCCGUGGUGGCGGUCUUUUUCACCGCCAUCAAGGUGGUGAACUUCCGGCUGCACUCCAUGUUCGACCUGGGGGAGAUCAUAGAGAAGAAGCAGGCCUCGCUCUCCACAGACGCCCCGCGGUUGGAGGAGGGUGACGAGGGCUCGGGCACCCACGACGGGAACCAGCACAGGGACAGCCAUGCUGGCGUGGAGAUGACGGUCUUCCGGAAGGUCAACUCGACGCCGCCAGUGCGCUGCAGCUCCCAGCACUCUCUGUUUGGCCUCAACCAGGUGUCGGAGUUUCUGCCACAGCUAGAGGAUACAGGCGGAACCAAGGAUAUGAAGGAGAUGAUGAUGAUGCAGGAGCACGGCUGCCAUAACGUCAUGUUGACCACAGCUAAUCGAGGGCUUCUUCGCCAGUGCUCCCUGGACACUAUGAGGACUGCCACGGGGGCCCCGUCCUGCAUGGCCGCAGCACGGGGCUCGGAGUACCCGGGCCUCGUGAGCCUGCCCGCCGCGUCUGGCUUCAGGGAGCCCCAGGACCACCCGUCCAUCCCCCCGUCCCCCUCCAGCCAGGAGGACGGCGGCGACAGGGAGCCGUCCCAGGAGGGGGAGCGGCGCUCUCCGCAGAGCCCCGGGGAAGCGCGCAGCCUGGGGGCCUACUCGCCCCUGGGGCCCUCGGCCGAGUCGGAGAGCCUGGGCGAGACGCCGCUCAGCCCGCUCAUCAAGAGCAGCCUGAGCGAGGAGCUGAGCGAGAACCUGCUGGGCCUGGGCCUGGACCCCAUGGCGUUCGGCCCCGGGGCCAAGCGCGCGGGCAGCCGCAGCGGCGUGGCGCUGGCCGCCGGCUCCACCGACAGCUGCUUCAGCGCCGGCGGGGCCACCACGGACCGCGAGACGCUCAGCACGGUGAGCAGCUACCGCAGCGAGAAGACGGACUCCACGCAGCUGGAGAGCCCCUCCCUCAGCCUGCCGCGGCCCGCGGAGCCCCGGGCGCCAGCCUCGGGCCCCGCGGCCGCCCCGGGCCCGGCGGCGGAGGACGGCGGCGGCGCGGGGCCGGGCAGCAGCGACACGGACAACCUGUCGGACAGCGUGCUGCUGCGCUCGCCGUCCCGCGAGGCGUCCGUCGGCCAGGGGCUGGACAGGACGUUAGUGGAGGGGGAGGACCUGCCCCCGGCGCCCUCCGACGCGGCCCAGCCCCCGGCCGCCCGUGACUCCUCCCCCUCCAGCAGCGGCCACUCUGAGGUGUGUGACCUAGGCAGGGCGGCCCCGGCGCCCCCUCUGCCGCCGCCCCGCCAGGCCAACUCCGUCCCCGCCGGGCUGGCUCUGGGCCUGGGGUGCUCGGAGCCCGCCCUGCACCCCUCGGCCCCCUUCCUCCUGUCGGAGCAGCCGGCGGCCGCGCCGGCCCAGCAGGUGGUCCGGCCCAAGGACCUGAAGCUGCUCCGGGCGGGCGGCGCGGCCCACCGGCCGGGCCGGAGGAAAGCGCCGCGGAAGCGCGCGGCGGCCGGCAGCAGCAGCUUCGACUGCGGCUCCUACAAGCGCCACCACGGCCACCGGCAGCCCCGGGACUACAUCCCGGUGCGCAGCCGGCUGGGGGCCAAGGCGUACAGCGAGAGCCUGUACGAGGACUCGAGCGACGAGGACGACGACGACGACGGCAGCGACAUGAGCGCCGGCUCCAGCCUGGGCUCUCAGCGGCGCUACAGCUCCGACGACGACGACGACGACGACGACACCAGCUCCUCGACCUCGUGCUACUCCCCGGACCUCGCCAGCGCGGGCGGGGCCUCGUCCUCGCUCCCUGCCUCCGCCGCCGCCCUGCCACUCCCCGCGUCCCGGGACGGCGACCUUUUACCAGGAGAGACGGCAACCCACCACCACCACCACAACAACAACAACACCACCGCCAACGCCCCCGCCAGCGGCGGCGGCGGCGGCGGCGGCGCGUCGCACUCCCGCGCCGCGCAGCGCUCCGCCAGCACGGCCAGCGCCAAGACCCACGCCCGGGUGCUGAGCAUGGACGGGGCGGGGAGUCAGGGCAACACCACCGCCCUGCCGGGCGCCCUCCUCUCCAUGCCCUCCUCCUCCACCCCCGCGCCCCGCACGCUCUCCGUCUCCAAGUCCGACCUGGAGGCCCGCACCCUCCACAUCGACGGGGGCUUCCCCGGAGCCCACCACCACCACCACCUCCACCACCACCGGCUGGACUCCCUGGGCGGCUCCUGGACCGGGAACCAAAUGGGCUGGAGGGCUGGGGAGCUGGUAGAGGAGGGGGCUGUGGGUGGAGCCAUGGCAACAGAGGAGGGAAGCAAGCGGGACUCGGUCAGCAGUGUGAAGAGGACCCAGGCUAUCCGGCGGAGACAUAACGCCGGGAGCAACCCCACCCCUCCCCCCUCCACCAUGGGCUCUCCCCCCAGCCUCCAGGACCUCCAGCGCGCCCGCACCUCCUCCAACUCCAGGAACCGCACCCUGCCCUCGGCCCUGCAGUUCGCCUCCUCCCUCCUGCUGCCCCGGGGGGGGGGCGUCCACGAGGCCUCCACCUUCGAUGACACAUCGGAGGGCGCCAUACACUACUUCUACGACGAGAGCGGAGUGAAGAGGUCCUACACGUUUGGCCCUGCCGGAGGCGGAUACGAAGACCCUAUGCAGGAGAGGGAGAGAGAGCGGGAGCGGCAGAGGGAGUUGGAGCGGGAGAGAGAGAGGCAGUCGCAGUCGUCGAGCUUCACCUCCACCGAGGUGCAGGAGGGGGCGCCGGCCCUGUCCAUGCUCCAGCCGCGGCCUGUGGUCCUGCAGGGCAUGCGAGUGAGACAGGUGCCCCUGGAGAUGCCUGAGUUCGACCUGGACCACGAGUCCCUCCAGGAGUCCCAGGAGAACACGCUGAUGAUCGAGGAGAAGGCCAAGCCCAAGCAGUACUACCGCUUCUGGGUGCUGCCCGGCCGCUGGCUACGGGUCCGCUACGACCGCCUGGCGCUGCUCGCCCUGUUGGACCGGAACCGCCGUGUGGGGGAGAACGUGUUUGCGGUGGUGCUGGGCAGCCUGGUGGCCUUCCUGGGCUUCCUGCUGCUUCUGCAGGGGUUCUUCAGAGACAUCUGGGUCUUCCAGUUCUGCCUGGUCAUCGCAAGCUGCCAGUACUCCCUACUCAAGAGUGUGCAACCAGAUGCAGCUUCGCCCAUGCACGGCCACAACUGGAUCAUCGUGUACAGCCGGCCUGUGUACUUCUGCCUGUGCUGCGUCCUCAUCUGGGUCUUUGACCUGUCCGGCCGCUCCAGCAGCCUGCAGCCCUUCUCCCUGUACGGGGUCACCUUCUUCUCAGGACAGUUCCUGCUCUGUGCCAGAGACAUGCUCAUCGGUGAGGGGAAACCGCGCACACCGGCCGAACAUCCGUCUGGGUCCUCGGUUGUUGGCCGUACUUCUGUAUUUUGAUACACCGAAAGGAAUUCUGUAGAACUAAUAGGAUGUGUCCUCGGCAUAACACAGACCUCCACCAAGGAACCAGCUUGGUUAGGGGUGGUUGGAUGGAAGACUUGGUGGGAGUUUGCUGGUCUGGGGCCCCCAUUAGAGACUGGUCUGGGGCCCUACGUAAGGGACUUUCAGGAAAACAGGAAGAGGGCGGGGUCGGGAGAGGUCACCUCACAUUCAUCAUGAGCCCGUGACGAACCGCCCAAGAUCAUUUUUUGAGCCAUGCCCCUUUUUUGGCCGAUUGGCAUGAAACAAGUCGCUUAUAAAGUCGCAAUGUGUUGCUCAAGACCCUCCCAUUAAUAGUUUUUCAGAAUUUAAAAUAACAUGUCCUGUCAUAAAUAGAGGACCUUGUUAUUUACACAGCAGUUAUCAUAUUGGAUUUUAUCACGUUAUGUAUUGAAAUCACUAUCGAUCAGCAUUGACUUCAUAUAUGUCCAGAUUAUUUUUUGCGACUGAAAUUGUCCCAUAACAAACCUAAACACUAAUUUGCUAAAAAUCCGUGCUGAUAUUUCUAAGAUAUCCUGCCGAGGCUAAGAGACAGGCGAAAAAUCCUUCUUGGUGGAGGUUCUGUCUCUAGAAAUCUAAUAUGAAGAGCACAAAAG